UUCUCUCAAACAAACGCGUCGAAAAUGGCGAUGCCAGUUAUCUCGGCUGCCGACCUGGACGCCCUGAUCCCUCUGGACCCCGAAACACCCGACACACCUUCAACCUCAACCGCACCAACAACAACACCAAUAGCAAGCGCGACGAGCAGCCAGUCAGCGGCAGCCGUGGCGGCGGCCUACCAACAAUACCAACAGUACCACCAGUAUUAUACCGCUUCAUAUGGGACCCAACUACCCGCCGCGACAUCGCAGCCGCAGUCUAUGGCACGACAAGCUAUCACUAACGCGGCUGCAGCGGCCGGCUCGAGUGCGCUUGACACCUCAGAUGUCGCGACACUGAAUGAUGCAUUGGGGAGUGCGGGUGUCGAUUUGCGGGCCGAGGAAGAAAGUCUGCAGCGCUCGCAUGGCUACCAAAACUCGUACGCCAACACCGGAUCGGAGGACCGCGCAAGGAAACAGUCGGCGCGACCGCAUUUCGACGUGGCACAUCUGUCCAGCAAGAUGCGGACCAUUGCAACACACCACAAGGUCGCUGGCACGGGCGUAUCAGAGGACUGUGUGAAUUAUCUUGCUCUCGCUCUUCGCGCGCGACUGCAAGACUUGGUGACGGCGAUGAUCCAUGCCGCAAAACAUCGAACCAGCGCCAAGUUCGAUAAGCCAGCGUCAGUAUAUGACGACGGGACGGCAGCCUGGGGUAUUAUGGUCCGAAGCGAUGUGGCGAAACAACUGGCUGCAUUGGAGAUUGCAGAUCGGGAGGAGGAGGAAAGGGAAAGAGAGUUACGGGAACGACGAGAGCAGGCAAUCGACAAGGUUCUCACGGCAGCCCUACAAGGGGAAGACAUCCCGCUAGAGAUGCCAACAGAAGAGCAGGUCUGGCAAGAGCGCAAGCGGCGGAGGAAAACGCAAGAAAUCCAACAAAAGAUGACGAAUCAGACUGCCAACAAGGCGGCUGGGGUGCCAACACGGAUAUGGAUGACAACAGCGCACAUAAACAAGGGCAAAGCGCCAGUAGCCGCCCCGACACCACCGCUACCUGAGCGGAAGUACCAAGCAGUCAGACCAGAGUCUGUCCCACAGCCGGAUGGGAAAACGGUGGUGUCAAUGCGAGACGCGAUGUUUGUUAUUUCGAGGGAACGAGGGCAUGGAGGUGGGCGCGGAGCCGCAUUGGGGUGGGCAUGA